CAGAAAAACUUUGUUAGGCGGUUAUAUAAAAGGCACAAAGAAACAAUACUUGAGCAGUCAGUUCCGAUAAUUCGCAAUCAUGGCACCAUCUAAGGUUUUCUUCAUCUUUGGAUUGUUGCUAAUCCUAAUUGUGGGAGUCUUCGCACAAGGUCGUGGUGGUUUUGGUGGCCGAGGUGGAGGUUUCGGUGGCCGAGGUGGUGGCGGCGGUUUUGGGGGUCGUGGGGGUGGAUUUGGUCGUGGAGGUGGAUUUGGAGGACGCGGAGGUGGAUUUGGGGGUCGUGGAGGCGGCCGAGGCUUCGGAAAGUGAUCCUGAACCAAAUUAAUGCUCCAUAAUAUAAUUUGCGUACGACAACGGAUAAAUGUAGUGUUCUGUGCAGCACAAAAUAAUGUGAUAAUUUAUUAUUUAAUUGCAUAAUGUGAACGGU